GCAGGGUUUCUCUCAUGGCUGCCCCCGCCGCCGCCGCCGCCGUUCGAAGAAGUUGAAGACGAAGAGAUGAUGAUGAGAUCAUGUGGUGGCGGAGGAGGUUCAAAAACCGCCUCGAAAAGCCACAGCCAGGCGGAGAAACGCCGCAGAGACAGAAUCAACGCUCAGCUCGCCACUCUCAGAAAACUCAUCCCCAUGUCUCAUAAGAUGGACAAGGCAGCUCUGUUAUCCAGUGCAGUUGACCACGUCAAAGAACUCAAGAUAAAAGUCGCGGAAACCCGCGAACUCCUCGCCGACAUUCCGGCGGACACCGACGAGGUGGUGGUCGUACACGGCAGCGACGACCAACAACAAACGGGCUCACCACCACCACCAAUCGCCGGGCGGAACAUCCUGAGAGCUUCUGUGUGUUGCGAGGACCGGCCGGAGCUGUUCGCGGAGAUAAACAGCGCGCUCAGGGAGCUCCGGCUGACGACGUUGCACGCGGAAGUGUCGUGUUUGGGGGGCAGAGUUAAGGGCGUGUUUCUGCUGCUGUGUCCGGAGGGGGAAGAGGGGAUUUGCGUGAACACAGCCAAACAGUCCCUUAAGGUUGCCUUGUCCAAGGUUGUUAUGCCUUGUUCUACCAACAGUUAUCGCAUCAAAAGCAAAAGGCAAAGAUUUUUCUUGCCUCCUACUCAUUAUUAUUAUCAAUGAUAUAAUGAAGUCGUCACAUUCUAUCAUAAUUUAAAUAUAAUACAAAUAAAUAAAUUUAAUAAAAUUUUGAGAUAUCAAAACAAUAUUUAAGAUCAAUCCAAUUACAUUAAAUUUAUGUUAUAAUUUAAUAUAUUUUUCUCAUAAUUUUAGGUCAAAAAGUGUCAUUGUUUGACAAAAAGUUCAAAAUAGGAAGAGUUUUCGUGGAGGAAGAAAGUAUGUCAUUUUGGCUAGAAAAUUGUUGCUCCAUUAUUUUUGUUUCAUACGAGCUGGUAUUUUCCCCUUUUUUUUGUUACCACAAGAAAAAAAAUUAUGUACUCGGCCAAAAUAAGCAAGAUACGUGCAAUUCUAAUAAACAAUUAUGUGCAGG